AUGUGUUCGCACAAGAAGAAUGGUAGCUACAUGUCUUUGGCCUCUGACAUAACAGAGGAGAACCCUUUUUCUAUUCUGGAAUUGACUUGUUUCGGUCUGAUAUAUACAACAUGUGUUGUAUUCUUAAUAUUUGCCUAUGAAUAUCUGAUGCCUGUAUUCAACAAUCCCAACUAUCCAUACUAUAACCAUGUGCAUGAUUAUACUGCCGAUGUACCUGAACGCAACUUGACCCCUUUCUCUAAUUGA